GUGAUCAGCUGUUCAGGUGUAGCCUACGUAAAGUUCAGGAAACACGCGCGACACAAUAAUAAACCGACAUGAACCGAUCUACACAUCUACAGCGUAAUCCCAGAGGGAGCCGGGCAUAUAGAGGAAAUGAAAUAAACCAAAACAGCAAUAUGACGAACAACGAGCAAAGGAAUGAAAAAUAUUCACCUAACGUUAGUACUUCAAACGCUCAGAAUCAGCCAACACAUGCGGAUGGAUACACCAAGAUACCACCAAAUGAAUCAAAAUGGAGCAAACUGCAGAGGACUGCACAGGAAGGAGAGGAGAAACUGAGGAGACUGAAAGAGGAGAACCGCCCUGGUCCCAUUCAGCUGGCCCCAGAGAGACUAGGUGGUGCAGAAUCACUGGCAGAAGUCAGACAAAGACAGCAGGAGGAUUUACGCCGGUCAAAGCUGAGAAAAAAGCUUCAAAAAGAGGAAAUGGAUCAAAAUAAGAGACAGGCAGAGGAGCAGAAGAAUGAGAGGAUGAAGGCCUUACAGCGAGAGAAGGCCACAAAACUAGAGAUGAGUAAAAAGCAAAGAGACGAACAGAGACAGAAGCUGUACCAAGACGACAAACAAAUGAAAACAGAGGAGUUUCUUCAAAGAAUUGAGAGGUCAAGCAGUAGCGUUUCUAUGGCAGCAAGCAAUUCCAUGCCAGCAUCAUCCAGGACUAAAAAUCAUGAGUACAGGGAAGUCAGAAGAGAGGAGGAGAACGCUGACCUGCUUAAGAAGAAAGAGGAGCAGAGGAGAAAGGCAGAAGUUUUGGAGGAAAAACAAAAACAACAGGAGGAGGACAGGAAGAGACGGACUGAAGCUGACCAUCAGCGGGUGAACAUGGCUUUCCUAAACCAUCUGGAGGCGGGUAGUUCAGGUAUGGUGCCUGAAAGCACUAAUGUCUGGCUGGAUGAUGAUGAUGAUGAUGAUGAUGACGAACUGCAGGAUACAGCCUUGUCCACAGUUCCCAACCCAUCACAGGUCCACACAGACUGUGAAGAGGAGGAUGAUUGUGGCCAUAUGUGGACCCUGAUGAAACUCCAGAAUAGGUUUCCAUACUAUGAGCUUGAUAUGCUGGAAGAGAUCAUCAAACAGUGCAAUGGCAAUUACCAGCAAGCAUAUGAGCUGCUUGAUGUUUAAAUGAUCCUCAGUGAUAGAUUGAUCCUAAUGUUGUUUUGUGAGUUAAUAAUAAUUUUUGAGUGAACUGUCCUUUUACUUAAUGAAGGUGACGAUCUUAAACCAAACAAUCUAGUGUCCUUUGAAUUGAAACAAAAACUUAUUUUUUAGUUUGUGCAGUUAUUUUUGCUCUGACACUAAAUGGAUUGAUACUUAGUCAUAGAGAAAAGAAAUCAAAACAAUAAAUCAAGAUUUGAGUCUGCUGUGGUAACAUUUAUGGAUCCCAUGGGUACAAUUCACAGGCUAAAUGAUGUGCAUUCACAAAAUUCAAAGGCUAAUUUAUAAUGAGGUAAAGGACUGAACUCGUCCACCAUAGGGAUGGACAGUGAAAAACCAAACCAUCAUACACAUAAUUAGCUACCUGAAUGCUGUAUAGGUUUCUGCUAAAAGGGCAUGAAUUUAAAAAGGCUGCCUCUAUGUAUGUGAAAUUGUGUGCAACCGACUGGUUCAUGGAGUAAAAAUCCCAUCCAUUUUCUCCAUUAGGGAAUUUUUUUAUAUAUAUAUACCUUGUACUUUUGUUGAAACCACUAUCAAUCGUGUUCCUGCACAGGAAAAGUUUCUCAUGUAAAUGUAUUCACUGCUUUAAACAUGUAGUUUCCUGUGACAGCUUCCCUGUCUUUUGAUGAUGGGUUGUUGUUUUUUUUUUGCAAGUAUGUUUUCCUGUGUGCGGUGUGGAGAGGUAGUUGUGGAAAGAGCGGUUCCCAAGGUAACCCACACUUUAAAGGAAACUGUUUUUUUCUGACACACGAUACCAAGAAACAUUUCCGAGAGGUGUUGUUCUGGGUCAUUGAAACUAAGAGGGAUCACGCUGCAACGUCAUAUAGCACAACUCCGAUGGCCCACAAAUCAGAACUGUCGGUAGGUCUACGAGACCCUGAUUACCUCAGCAGCAUUCAGGGGGAUUUCCUGUGGGUGGUUCCCCAUCUGAAUUAGGUCACAACAUUACCCAUAUCAACCAAGAAUUCUGGGGGAAAAAAUAAUAAAAUCUACAGACAGCAAUAAACCACAGCAUACACCCAGCAGAUCUGGGGUCCAUUAUCCAU